AUGUCUUCCCUAAUGAGAGGUGUCUUCAUUGUUGGGUGCAAGCGAACCGCGUUUGGCGCUUUUGGUGGAAAAAUCAAAGACGUUGGCAGCGUUGAACUAGGUCAGAUUGCGGCUCGAGCGGCCCUUGAGGCUUCCAAAGUCAGCGCUGAACAGAUUGACAGUGUCACCGUUGGAAACAUAAUUUCGGACUCGCAAAAGAAUGGAACGUACAUUUCGCGGCACAUUGCCCUUGGCAUUGGUGCUCGGCUGGAGACACCCUGUUUGACGGUGAACAGACUUUGCGGUAGUGGCUUUCAAGCUACCGUGAACGCUGCUCAGGACAUUGUUUUGCGCGAUUCCGAGAUCGCUUUGGCUGUUGGCACUGAAAGUAUGUCUCAAGCGCCAUUUGUUGUUCGGGGAGCCCGAUUUGGCGUAAAGUUUUCUCAAACUCCAGAGAUGGAAUGUUCUCUCUGGUCUGCUCUAACUGACUGGCAUGCUCGAAUUCCAAUGGCAAUCACUGCUGAAAACUUGGCAGAAAAGUAUUCCAUCAGCCGAGAGGAUUGCGAUAAUUUUGCUCUUCUUUCGCAAAAACGCUGGGCUGAUGCUCAGAAGAAUGGAAAGUUCAAGAAUGAAAUCGUCCCAGUUAUGGUGAAAGUAAAGGGCAAGGAAGUGGCGUUUGACGUUGAUGAACACCCAAAACCAGCGACGACCAUGGAAAUCCUCUCUAAACUGCCUACUGCCUUCAAGAAAAACGGUGUUGUCACCGCUGGUAACGCCUCAGGAGUGAAUGACGGCGCAGCAGCUCUGGUCUUGGCCAGUGAGGAUGCCGUCAAGAAGAACUCGCUCACUCCACUUGCUCGUGUCGUCGGGUAUUGCUCAAUGGGAGUCGACCCUACCAUCAUGGGCAUUGGACCAGCGCCAUCCAUUCGCAAACUUCUUGAGGCGAAUGGUCUCACUCUGAAUGACAUUGAUGUUGUCGAAGUCAAUGAGGCCUUUGCUGCUCAGUUUUUGGCCGUCCAGAAGGAGCUCGGUCUUGACCUGAAGAAGACCAACGUCAACGGCGGUGCCAUUGCUCUGGGUCAUCCUUUGGCGGCCAGUGGAGCACGCAUCCUCACCAAUCUCGUUAACGAGCUGAAGAGCAUCAACGGAAAGUAUGCCAUCGGAAGUGCUUGCAUCGGAGGAGGACAAGGAAUCUCGGUGCUCAUCGAGAACAUCAAAUAA